CAGAGUCUGUGGUUUAGUCCACACAGCCAAAGGCUUGUGAGAAUCUAGUGGAUGCUGGAUUUAUCCCUGUUGCUGCUGCUGCUGCUGCUGUUUCUCAGAGGUUGCCAGAGCAUGGACUAUUAAAAACUUGCAUUUCUGCAGUGUGAGAUAACAUUUGACUCCAAGAUGGGAAAACAGAACAGCAAACUACGCCCAGAAGUCAUGCAAGAUUUGCUAGAAAGUACAGACUUUACAGAACAUGAGAUCCAGGAGUGGUACAAAGGCUUCUUGAGAGACUGUCCAAGCGGACAUUUAUCUAUGGAGGAGUUUAAGAAAAUAUACGGGAACUUUUUUCCUUAUGGGGACGCUUCUAAAUUUGCAGAACACGUAUUCCGUACCUUUGAUGCUAACGGCGAUGGAACAAUAGACUUUAGAGAAUUUAUCAUAGCCUUGAGUGUAACGUCUAGAGGGAAACUGGAGCAAAAGCUCAAAUGGGCAUUCAGCAUGUAUGAUCUGGAUGGAAAUGGAUACAUCAGUAAAUCAGAAAUGCUGGAAAUAGUGCAGGCUAUCUAUAAGAUGGUUUCCUCAGUAAUGAAGAUGCCAGAAGAUGAAUCAACACCAGAGAAAAGAACAGAGAAAAUCUUCCGUCAGAUGGACACCAAUCGAGAUGGAAAACUCUCUCUGGAAGAGUUCAUCCGAGGGGCCAAGAGCGAUCCGUCCAUAGUCCGUCUCCUCCAGUGUGAUCCCAGCAGUGCAGGGCAAUUCUAAACCAAUUGAUUGGAUGAAUUAUAUAUCUGCCUCUUUUUGCCAAACAACAUUCAUGGUGGUGUUGCCUCUGUAUGGCCAAUUAAUGCCUUCUUUUGUGGCAUCUUUUAGCUUCUUUUGUUGUGGAUUAAUUAUAAGAAUGCUGAAUUGCUCUUAACAAUUUGUCCAGAACAUGGACAGUACUGUUUGCAACAGACAUCGUGGUGUUAAUUGUUUUAAAGAUUUUAUUUUGUUUUGUUUUAUUGUGUCUGUUUUCAAAGUAAGCAUCAAGAAGGAAAAAACCUGCAGCAACACACACUGACAGAUUUAGAUUGCUGCUUUAAUAGUUAGAAAUUUGCCCACAGGAUCUGAAGCACUGUAAGUGUUGAAGUGCAAAGGGCUGCAUGAGGUGUAGUAUGUCCUGAUCUUCUGCCAAUGGGCACAAGUUAAAUUAUAAGACAGGAUCAAUACGAAGGGUUUGCACAAAUGUAGGCAAGUGACAGCCCACUUCAACCCUUCUAUGACGCCACAUUGUUUCAAGAUACUGUGAAUGUUGUGUUUUUUUAAGGAGUGUGGAAGAGAAAAAAUGAUCAACUUUUUUACAAGGUUUACAAUGGUUGAUUUAGCAUGGUUGUAUUUGAAAAUCAAAGAUUUAUAAUCCAAAAACAAUUAGACAAAUGCUACUAAAUCCAUUUGGGAAUCACCAGGCAGAUGACUAUAUUGAAAACUGGGUCUGAAAGAUACACUUAAGGGAGAUGUGUGUUUAGUGUGAGAUGUUCAGGCUAGGAAAAAAGUGUUUUUACAUCAGGAGAAUGAAAGUUUGACUAGCAUAGCAGCAUUGUACAUCCUUACACAGCAAAUGCUAAGGCAAACCUGCUGAAUGUUCUUGUCCAUUUAGAAGUUCUUUCUCUCUCUCUCUCCAUAAAUAAUGCAGGUCCUAGGCCUGCUGUUACAGGGAAGCUAGUAUCAAAAACUGUUUGGAACAUAAAACUGUGGCAUUUGCAUUUCAUCUGCUUUAGUGGGGUUCAGAAAUCUGUAUGGAAACAAGGAAAUGGUACACUUAGUAGCAUAUUUAUAUAUGUAUAUAAAAAUUAAAACAAGAUUAGCUGUAAGAGAAAUGUGAAUGGUUAUCUUUUCACCUAGUUGUGGAAGGAUUUUUUAAAUUUGCUGCUGUAAGAUUGUAUCAUCUGGAUAGGGUCACUGUACUCAGAGCUGAGCCUAUGUCUGGGAUUUUGUAAUGAAUUUGCAAGUACUGAAGCAGCAUAACAUCUUAGUGCCAGGCGGCAUUAGGCUGACUGAGUUUGAGAUAAUCUAUCAUUUGUUGAGUCUGCUUUGGAAUCCUGUUGGCAAGCUAUGACUGCAGUCAGCACACUGGAUCAGGAGUUCGUGAGACUGCCAUAGCAUAAUCUUUGUAGGAGAGGUGAAGCUGACAUUUGGUUAAGUGACCUUGUAGAUGCUAACCCCCUAUUAGCCUUAAUUUAAAAUAAAAAUGAAUAAAGUAGGUUAGUUCGGCUACUGCUAACUAGUUGAACGCUAGUUAGCAAUCAGGAAAAAGUAGAUGGAUAUUACUAAUUUGUUGCUGGUCACUUACUAGCAAAAUAUAUAUAUAGUCAUUCAGAAAAGAGAAAAAUCUUUGACUUGGCUAUCCUAUGUUUAAUAGUGGAGAUGCAUGAAAAUUAAUUCUCAAUAAUGAAUCAGUUCAAUUCAAGAUGUCAUCAGUGGCUAAGCAAACCUAAA